ACACACACACACACACACACACACACACACACACACACACACUGAGAGGCACGCGUAAACAGAAGCGCGCUCUUCCGUUUCAUUCCUGCCCGGGGAUUACAAUUGGAGUGGAGGGGCGCGCACAGCUGGCGUGUGUUUAUGUAAUAGCCAUGCAUGCUAAGCCACAGCCAGGGUGACAGCGGUCACACACAUCAGUCAGUGCGUGCGCUGGUUCUGCGGAUCGAGCUCGUGCGGAGAUAUCGGCGCGAUUGACCUGGGCUAUAGGAGGGCGCUCGAGCUCCACCGCCUCGCGCUUCGCUUUUUAGACCCGUUGGAAAUUCUCGUUGAUUCGUGGAAUCCGCGUGGCCAGCAGAAGAAGAACACCCCGACCCAAAACCAGGAGGGUGGUCUUCUGUGGACGCUUUGAAUCGACGCCGGCAGAGGGGACAUUGUAGUAUAAUUUUUCUUACUCCUCCAGGCUCAUUUCAGUGUGCUACUCAUUCCGGCACCCCUUAGUCAGUCAGUCAGUCAGUCAGUCAGUCAGUCAGUCUGUCAGUCUGUCAGUCAAUCAGUCAGUGCCUCGGCUCGGAGGCCGGAGGCAGCGGGAGGAUGUAGCGAUGGAUUAACGAGGUCCGGACAGGAAGAGAGGAGGGAGACCGAGGGCCACAGCGGGAGGACGUAGGGGACAUGGGGAAGGACCAGGAGUUGCUCCAGGCGGUCAAGACCGAGGACUUGCUGACAGCGCAGCGGCUUCUGCAGAGACCUCGGCCGGGGAAAGCCAAGCUGUUGGGAGCACCCAAGCGGGUGAAUGUGAACAUCCAGGACCCGGAUGGGCUGUCUCCUCUACACCAUGCUGCUCUCAGUGGAAACAAGGAGCUGAUCUCCCUGCUGGUGGAGGCUCAGGCAGCAGUGGAUAUGAAGGAUAACAAAGGGAUGCGUCCUCUACAUUAUGCUGCCUGGCAGGGAAAGACUGAACCAAUGAAAAUGCUACUGAAGGCAGGUUCAUCUGUCAACGGCCAAUCAGACGAAGGGCAGAUUCCUCUGCACCUAUCAGCUCAGCACGGGCACUAUGAUGGGUCAGAGAUGUUGCUUCAACACCAGUCAAAUCCGUGUAUCUCAGAUUCAGCUGGAAAAACACCACUAGAUCUCGCCUGUGAAUUUGGACGAGUUGGGGUCGUGCAGCUCCUGCUCAGCAGUAACAUGUGUGCUGCCAUGCUGGAGCCAAAACCAUCCGACCCCAACGGAGUGUCACCACUCCACCUGGCCGCCAAGAACGGACACAUCGACGUCAUACGGCUGCUGAUCCAAGCUGGUAUAGAUAUCAACAGGCAAUCAGAGUCUGGCACAGCACUGCACCAGGCUGCCCUCUGUGGGAAGACAGAGGUAGUACGCCUGCUGCUGGACAGUGGCAUCAGUGCGGGUGUGAGGAACACACUGUGUCAGACGGCCCUGGACAUCGUCAACCAGUUUACCACCACACAGGCCAGCCGCGAGAUCAAGCAACUGCUGAGGGAUGCUUCCGCAGCCAUGCAGGUGCGGGCGCUAAAGGAUUACUGCAACAACUAUGACCUCACCAGCCUCAACGUCAAAGCUGGGGACAUCAUCACGGUCUUGGAACAGCACUCUGAUGGCCGAUGGAAGGGCUGUAUCCAUGACAACCGGACAGGAAAUGACAGAGUGGGUUACUUCCCCUCCAACAUGGUGGAGAUCAUCAAGCGGGCAGGCCACGCCCCCUCCCAGCACUGCCACACCCUCCUGCUCCGCAGGCCCAACCCCUUUCCCCUCGCCUCCGUCAACGGACAGUCACACCCCCCCUCCCAGCUCCUCCCCCUGCACCUCCCCCUCCCCCCUCCCCCCCGCCCCGGCGCUCAGUCCCUGCCCCUCUUCUCCUCCUUUGGGUAUGUUCCGCUUCCGCUCUCGCCUCCUUCUCUCUCCACCUCUCCACCACCUCCUCCUCCUCCUCCUCCUCCACCUCCUCCUCCUCCUCCACCUCCUCCUCCUCCUCCUCCUCCUCUCUCCACUCCUCCUCUGUACACCUCUCAGGAGCAGCAGAGUCAGACAGGUUCGAGGACUGCAGAGCCCAGUCCCCAGGGCUCCCCCACCCUCUGCCAGCAGGGCAGCACCAGCGAGGACAUCUGGGUGCUGCGUAAGCCUCUCGCAGGCGGGGACCGGAGCGGCAGCGUGGGCAGCCUGGGCAGCGUGGGCAGCGUGCGGUCCACCGGCAGCCUGCAGGGCAGCGGGAACACCCACGUCCUGAACACGCCCGCGCCCAGUCCGCAGACCGCCACGCCCCCGCCGGGGGUCAACCCCCACGGCCUCAACGUCCCCGGCCUGCACGCCCAGUCGGAAGGCGUCAAGCUCCUGGCUACUGUGUUGGCUCAGUCAGUGAAGGCUAAAGAACAUCUCAUGGAGCAAUCCCAAUCUGUGGAGCAGUCAGCAGGGUCCACAGCCAGCUGCCAAGUGCAUGAACAGCGAUCGUUUGAGCGGAAAGCGGAGGAGGAGGAUGGGAAAAAGGAGGCGGUAGUGGCAUGGCUGGGUGAGUUUCAGCUGCAGUUCUACACGACCCACUUCCUCACCGCCGGAUACGAUCUAGACACCGUUAGCCGCAUGACCCCUGAGGACUUGACAGCCAUCGGGGUGAUGAAACCUGGACAUCGUAAGAAGCUGGGCUCAGAGAUCAGCAAGCUUCCCUCUACAGGGUGGCUACCAGACCACAAGCCUGCGAAUCUGGCAGAGUGGCUGUCUCAUCUGGGCCUCAGUCAGUACUACCAGGUGCUGGUGCAGAACGGAUAUGAGAACAUCGAUUUUGUCUCUGACAUCAGCCUUGAAGACCUGCAAGAGAUCGGCAUCAGCAAGCUGGGGCACCAGAAGAAGCUGAUGCUGGGGGUCCGGAGGCUGAAGGAGCUGCAGAGAGGGGAGCGGGGGUCCGACCCCGCCCUGACCCCUCCCUCCAGCCCGGGGGGGGGCAACGGCGUCGGCGCCCGGGAGCCCCGGGACGCCGACCCCAACCCCCUGGCCAAGACCCGGCCCGGCCACGCCGUCCCCCACGCACACACGCCCCCCCGCACGCCCACCCCCACGCCGCCCCAGACCCCCACCCAUGUGCGCGGCCAGCACGCCUCGCCCCGCGCCCGGCCCCGCCCGGCCCCCCACGCCGCCGCUGCCGCCGGCGCGGGCCUGGACGGCGCGGGGGUCCCGAUGCUGCGCCUGCCCAGCGCGGAGGAGGAGCGACGGAGAACCAACAGCCUGAUUGGCGGCGGCGGAGGCUCCUCCUCCUCAGCGGACUCCGACUCCGCCCCCAGGUACGCCACGGUGUGCCGCAGCAGCUCGGACCUCAGCGAGCCCGCCGCCAACGACGUCAGCGUCAACCGCAGCCAGUCCUCCGUCACCCUGCGGCCGCGGCGGAAGGGCCGGCCCCCGACCCCGCCCAAGAGGUCCUGCUCCUCCAUCACCGGGGGCGACGGGGAGGGGGACGGCCGGGGCCACCACGGGGACGGGCUCCUGGGACCCCCCAGCUACCGGGAGAGACGGGCCAGCGACUGUGGGAGCCUGGGGUCCGCCCUGAGGGCCCAGGGGUCCGGGGGCCUGGAGAGGUCCGAGGGCCCCUCCGGCAGUGUGCGCAGCCUGGCCGCCAUGUUGGAGUCGUCCAUCGGGGGCGGGGCCAAAACCCUGCCCAGGACCAUGGGAGGCAGUAGCAGCUACCUACAGGCGAGCCCCCCCGUACUCCGCCGCCAAACCAACGCCGGCGGCCUGGGGUCCGAGGAGGACGACCUCAUCAGCCGGCGCCGGACCAUCAGCGGACCGAUCGAGGGCGCGCCCGGCGACCUGGCCGACCCGUCGCCCCGGCGACCCAGCCAGCCCCGCCCGGAGCCCCGCCCCCGCUCCACCGUGGCCGCGCCCGGCUGCACGGUCGGCGACGGCAACGCCACGCUCCGGAGGAGGCCGGCGCCGCAGAAGCCCAGGGACGCGGGCGGGGCCGACCCCGCGGUCGCCGCGGUUACCGCUGGCGCCACCGACACCAUCCGCCGGAGGCCGCGCACGUCCGACGCUACCGGCGCCGACCCACCGGAGGCCGGCGCCCGAACGCCAAGCGGCCAUCCCAUUGGCCCCGAGCAGCCGCAGCAGAACGGGGUGGUGGCGGUGGUGCUGCGGCGCAAGCCGGCGACGGAACUCUGUGACAGGCCGGAGGGCGACGGGGAGAGCUGUGAGUGGAUGGAGGCUCGGAAGUCUCUGAGGCCCCCCCUCUCGCCCAAGCCCUCCGGCGGCACUCUGAGGAGGAGCCACGCGGAGCCCACCACGCCGACACGCAAGGUCCCGCUGCCAGGCCCCGACAGCUAUGUGGACACGGCCCAGAGCCCGGAGACCAAGCGUGCCCCGCCUCCCGUCUCCCCGAAGCCCCGUGGUCCUCCAACGGCCCCCAAACCAGUCAAGACAGCGGCCGGCUCUGCAGCCAUGAGCCCCAGCACCCAAGCCCCCAGCCCCCUAGCCAGCAGCCCCCUAGCCAGCAGCCCCCUAGCCCCCAGCAAACUAGCCCCUAUCCCUCUAGUCCCAAGCAUCGCCCCCAGCCCUCUGGCCACAAGCCCCUCCUCCGCCCACAGAUCCGCCUUCCCCGUCGCGGGGUCCCCAACCCCGGCCCCGGACCCCCACUCCGUCCCGUCGCUCUCCCCGGGGCUCCCACUCACCAGCACCUCCCCCGCCCAGAGCCCCUCCACCCCUUCCCCUCACCCCGUCAAACCGCCCCGCUCCUCCAUCGCCGGCCUCUCCAUCGACCUGGGGGGGAGGGAGGCCGAGGAGGAGAGGGAGAGGGAGGAGGAGGAGGAGGCGGCGGUGGCGAGGAGGGGCGCGGAAGAGGAGGAGAGGAGGAGGCGAAGGAGGAGGAGAGAGAAGGAGGAGAGGAAGAACACGGAGGAGCGAGAGAGGGAGCGGAGGAGGGCCGAGGAGGAGGUGGAGGUGGAGCAGUGGGUGGAGGCGAUGAAGGAGGAGGCGGUGGAAGGGAGGAAGGAGGUGCAUCGCAGUGUGGAGGAGCACAGGGCCUCUCUGGCUGCGGCUGUGCAGGCGGUCGAACACAACGUCCAAACGGAGGAGCACGAAAACAAAUCUCAACCUGGCAACCCCUCCGCCUCCAUCUUGGACGACAUCGGCAGCAUGUUUGACGACCUGGCGGACCAACUGGACGCCAUGCUGGAUUGAUCUGCUGCCCGAUGCUUUACCAUUUCCCUCCGGACCCAAUUCUCCUUUCCACCCGUACAUGUGUAUGUCCCGAAACAUGGCUUGAAGCUAGCCAACUGUGAGUGUGUGUGUGUGUGUUUAGGAGUGUGUGUGUGUGUCUGUGUGUGUGUGUGCUUAGGAGUGUGUGUGUGUGUGUGUCUGUUGGUGUGUGUAUUAAGGUGUGUGUGUUUAGGAGAGUGUGUUUAGGCGUGCAUGCGUGUGUGUGUGUUUGUUGGUGUAUUAAGGUGUGUGUAUUUAGGAGUGUGUGUUUAGGAGUGUGUGUGUGUUUAGGAGUGUGUGUGUGUGUGUAUUAAGAUGCGUGUGUUUAGGAAUGUGUGUUAGGGAGUGUGUGUGUGUGUGUGUGCGUGUAUGUGCGUGUGCGUGCGUGUGCGUGUGACAGUAGGCUCUUCCCAUGCAGCCCUGUGCCCCGUGGAGGAGCUCUGCAUGGUCUGGCUGCUGCCACUCCGCGGAGCUCUCGCGUCGCGGCGCGCUUCCAUGACUGUGGAGGCUCCUCCCAGACAACCUCUGACCUCUGCAGCCCAGCGAAUCACAGCCUAGCCCCAGAGGGCUCCGGGGAAGGUGGAGAGCACAAUCAUUUUCCAGCGUCCACGCUUCACAUGAAGACUCCGGGCGAGACGGAGACCGCUUCCUCAGCCGAGCUGAGCUAGGAGGUCACAUUUCUUGCAACGACAACAAUAACAACAACAACAAAAAAAAGAAAACAAAUAUUGAAUAGCUACAAGGAAAACAAGCACAAACUCGGGUGACGUGGCAGGAGAAAAAAAAGAUUUGUACAAUACAAUAAAAAAGCAAAAAGGUUUUCUUGCAAGCACAAAGCUAGAAGGCACCUUGGAGAAGAAUCUCUGGUUCCAUCAGAGGACGGACGUGAACAGAAACCUAUAGUCAUUUGUACGAGUGGGGGGAUUGUAACUGGACUUCCUGAUUUGUGUGUCGCUCCCUCAUGUUGUUGUAGCCGUUGCUGUUGUUGUAACUGUUGGCAUUGUUAUAACGUGUGUGUGUGUGUGUGUGUGUGUGUGUGUGUGUGUGUGUGCGUGUGCGCGCGCGUGUGUGUGUAUACCUACUGAUGUUGAUGCCCCGCUCUCAUACAAUCUUACAAUGGCUAUUCUCAUGUUCAGAAUUACAAUAGAUGUUUUUUCAGCCAUUUUCAGACACACUGAUAUACAUGCAUGCACACACAAGCACAAACACACACACACACACACACACACACACACACACACACACAUGCACAGCACACACACACGCUAGGAAUGUGUACCAUUACUUCUAUACUGCUCUAUUAAGAUCAUCCUUAGAGCUACUUUCCUCGUGUUCAGUAUUCAAUAAACACAAAUAUAUACAGACAUACAAGCACACAAAGAUUAAAUCUAACAUAUGCUGUGUACCCUUUGUCCUGAUGCAGUGAAAAGUGUUUUUAAAAAAUAAACCUCUAUUUCAAUGCUUUAUAUAGUUCAGAAUAUAAAAUAGAAUUUAUGAAUUUCCUGGUUAUAUCGGCUGUUAGAGCAUCCACUAGUAUCAGUUAUUAAGACUGCCUCGAACAUGCCCACUUCCAUUUUGUCUAUCCCUUCGUCCCGUGUCUCGUGUUUAGUCUGCAUUUAUCUGUGCCUUGGUCUAUUUCUUUAAUUUAAUCAAAUGUGUGAUUGAACCAGUUGUGAAUUAUCUUUUUUCUUCAUUCCAAAAUGUAUGCCAGUCUCCCUCCUAUGACCAGCCCGAUGUGUCCUCUGUGUCUAAAAUAUGGUUUAGAAUUAUUUUUAUAGGUACACCAUUGACCCUCUAUUAAAGAGCCCCUCGUGACAGUGACAAACCUCCGGAGUGCUGAUUUGAGACGGCUCCGCUCUUUGGCUCCCCCGCUGGUCAGACAGUGAAACUACCACCAGUGUUAAUCCCAAUCAAGAGUUAACUUGUAUUUUUAUGCUCUUUGAAAAUAAGGAUAUAUUAUAUGAGAGAACGUUGGUUCCAAUGUGAAUAAUGACAAAUAUAAUUGCAUUGAGCUGAGGUCAGCCAAUUAAGCCUGUAUAUUUAUGGUGGAGUUGUUGGAUGUGCCGUGACGGACGUUGUGCCAUGGUUGGGUUUUAGGUUGUGUUUCUGCUGUGAUAAUGCAUUCCUGUACAGCUGUGAUGAAAAUAAAUGUAAAAUAAAUUA